AAUAGAUGGUAAAAUGUUAGACGAUAAUCCGGCAGUGACAGGCACAGAAGAUGAAGUGGCCUACAGUAAGUAGUCCCUCCUCCUCCGCAUCCUCCUCCUCCUCCCUUUCUCUUUCUCAUCCUCCCCCUCCACACGGAUCACGGAUGUACCUUUCUCAUGCAACCAACCCAACAAUUAACCUGAAUAUUUUGAAUUUACAAGAGACCUCCCUUCAGACGUCUCCAAUUUCCCUCUCGGUUUCCCUGGAAACGACUCGGGCUCAUAAAUGAAGCUUUCGUUCACCCGACCUGUGCAUUACAAAGCUAUGAGCCUGUGUGUGCUCUUUGUCGUGCUGGGAGUCUGUGCUGCACAUCAACCUGGGAAACAAGGGGAGGAGGAUUACGAAGAUGUUCCCAUCAAUAAGACCUGGGUCUUAUCUCCAAAGGUCUACGAAAGCGAUGUCACAAUGAUACUUAAUAAACUUCUGCAAGGCUAUGACAACAAACUACGGCCUGACAUUGGGGUGAGGCCGACUGUGAUUGAAACAGCGGUGUAUGUCAACAGCAUUGGACCAGUCGACCCCAUCAACAUGGAAUACACAAUCGACAUCUUCUUUGCCCAGACAUGGUAUGAUGGCAGACUGAAGUUCAACAGCUCAAUGAAGCUGCUUAUGCUCAACAGUAACAUGGUAGGCAAAAUAUGGAUUCCUGACACAUUCUUCAGAAAUUCCAGGAAAUCAGACGCCCACUGGAUUACCACUCCAAACCGCCUACUGAGACUGUGGAGCAAUGGUAGAGUGAUGUACACACUGAGGUUGACUAUUAAUGCGGAGUGUUACCUUAAGCUGCAUAACUUUCCAAUGGACGAGCACUCCUGUCCGCUGGAGUUUUCAAGCUAUGGUUACCCGAGGAACGAGAUAUCCUACCGUUGGCAGAGACGAGCAGUAGAGGUGGCUGACCAGCGUUAUUGGAGACUCUACCAGUUUGCAUUUGUAGGAAUGAGAAAUACCUCAGAUGUGGCCCACACCCAGUCAGGGGAAUACGUCAUCAUGACCAUCUUUUUCGACCUGAGUCGGAGAAUGGGUUAUUUCACCAUUCAGACCUACAUUCCAUGCAGUAUGAUUGUGGUCCUGUCCUGGGUCUCUUUUUGGAUUAACAAGGAUGCUGUGCCGGCUCGCACAUCUUUAGGUAUCACCACAGUGCUUACGAUGACAACUCUUAGCACCAUCUCCAGAAAGUCCUUGCCCAAGGUCUCAUAUGUUACAGCUAUGGACUUGUUUGUCUCUGUCUGCUUCAUCUUCACCUUUGCUGCUCUCAUGGAGUACGGAACACUGCAUUACUUCACAAGCAACAGACAGACCAAAAAGUCCAAAGCCAAGAAUAACACACAACAGAAGCCAUCGAGUAUGGUCAAUCUCCAUUCUGGACCAUCCCUGCUGCAAAUGAACAACAUUAUGCACUAUCACGACGACGACGACUAUGCCUACGAUUGUUUGGACGGAAAAGACUGCAUGAGUUUCUUUUGCUGCUUCGAUGACUGCCGCUCAGGUGCCUGGCGAGAAAACAGGAUGCAUGUGCGAGUGAGCAAGAUCGAUUCUUAUUCGAGAAUAUUCUUCCCUACUGCUUUUGGCCUUUUUAAUUUGGUUUAUUGGAUAGGUUAUCUUUAUCUCUAAAAUCUGUACCUCAAGGAACGGCGCUUGGAGUUUUGUUUAGCCAAGCAUUUUCAAGGGAAAGAACUAUUCUUAUUAGUGUUGCACCGCUCUGUGUGAUAUCGGCCUAUACUGUACCGAUACCACGUUUUUUUUUUUUUUUUUUUUUAAAGUAUACCAUUUACUUUGAAAUACUAAAUUUCUGCAUUCACACUUGAAUGUAAACUAAUUCUAUCAUGGCUUACUCUGUUGGCUCCCAUUGAUGGCGCUAGAUGUCCAAUCUAUAUGAAGUGGGAGGGGUGGCAGAGAAUUAACAAAUGUUGAUCAAAUAAAAUAAUCUUUUAAAAAUUGGUUGUGAAAUAAGACAGGAUUUAAUUUGAAUGUCAAUAUUUUAUGCUUAUGCUGUCAAUUGAAAUGAGUUAUUAAAUACUAGACGUCCAAUUCAUUUGAAGUGGAAGGCCUGGCAGCAACGAACAGUAACGAAAGUACCGUUUUGGCCCGAAUAUCAGACGGCCCUGAUUAAAAGACGACCCCCUCUU